CUUGAACUUGCGCGCGGUUAAUCGGCACGGACGAAGGAAAAGCAACGAUGUUCCUUCCGAGGGCGAUCUUCGUUCUGAUCUACACGAUAUGCGUGUACGCGAACUCCACCACCGAGAACGUGUACGAGCAGUUGGACCGGGAGUUGAGGGAGAUGGAGUACAGGGAAGGGUCGACGGUGGAGCCGAAGUACAAACUACCCUCGGUGAAUGUCAGUGUCAGUGGCGAGAGGACGACGACGCAGACGGUUACCGCGAGUUUGUCCAGAGUGUUGGAUUUUUACAAUACCGAAUUGUUGGCGGCCAACUGGGACGGGGUGAAAACUACCCUCUCUUUCGGCUGCAAGAGAGAUGUUGAGUUGUAUUUGGAGGGGUUGCGCAGAACGGAGAAUUGGGCACUCAAAAUGGACGACGCAAGUGGAAGAUACUCCAACGGUUGGUUCUGGGGCAACCAUUUCUGGCUUGGUUCACAAAGUCUCUGCGACAACAUCACACCCAAAAGAUACAACAUUGUAGUCAGUUCUAAGAAUUCCUCUCGAGACCGAAGAGAUGCAGAACCGAAAACGAAAACGUUCAGUCCAAGCCAGGCAGUUGGUUACAAACCGGGACCGAUUACAUAUUCAUCGGUGCCGCCGUUUCCUGUUACACUUUUCAGGCUGCGGCUCCAUUUGAACUCCAGUUUCACCACUGAAGAACGAAUUUUACACUUGGGACUGUGCAUGCCUUACAUGUGCACUGACGACGACAUAGGGAAGCUGGUGGAACGAGUUUCGGCCACAUCCAAGAAAAUCAAUGUAGACGUAGAAGCUGUAAGAUCCCAACAUAACAGAUACGACAUUGGGAGGGACACAACUUUUCAAAUAUUAUGUGGAGUAACAACUCUGGUGAUCAUAAUGCUGAUAAUAGGUACAGGUUACGACUAUUACAUUCAAAGGCUAAAGGAAAAAAGAAUGCUAGCCAAAAACUGUUCGAAUUACACCACAAACUUAGAUCUGAUGCCCGAUGGAAAAGGCAAAAAUGGUAAAUGCGGAAUUUAUGUUGUAAAUAACAAUAAUAAUAUUAACAGCAGCUUACCAACCUCGCUGGAAGUGAACAUUGGCCGUUCACCACCUAAACGUAGAGAGCCACUUUUGAGGCUAAUUUUCAGGGAGACUCUUCUAUCAUUUUCACUGAGAGCAAACAUAAAAACAAUUUGUGACAAAACUGUUGGAAGUGAUACAAUACCGGUGAUCCACGGUUUGAAAUCGAUAAGUAUGGCUUGGGUAAUUUUGGGUCACACUUGCAUCGUUGCCUUUAAAUAUUCAGAUAACAUGGAGUACAGGAAGGUGGUACAAAAAGAAUUUCUGUUCCAAACGAUAUUAAAUGGCACGUUUAGUGUGGAUACUUUCUUCUUCACAAGUGGACUUCUAGUCUCUUUCUUGUACUUUCGAAGUAACGCCAAAGGAAAACUUGAUCCUCUAACGAAUGGACGCAGCGGAUUUGUUGCAGGACUUCUACAUUUCCUUGGGCUCAUCUUCUACAGAUUUGCUAGAUUGACUGCACCUUAUUUAUUUUCCGUUGGUUUAGUAGAAGUGUCGAUGAAGUGGUUCCAUUACAAUUCUGUCUUUGAAGUCCCCGCAUUUGAUCAUGAAAACUGCCCCAAAUAUUGGUGGAGGAAUAUUUUAUACAUCAACACAUUGUUCCCUGUUGAAGAAAUGUGUAUGUUAUGGAGUUGGUACUUAUCAGACGACACUCAAUUUUACAUAAUUGGAGCUGUGAUGCUCAUAGUUGCGGCCAACCAUUUCAAAAGCGCAGCAGCUUUGCUGAUUAUAUUCAUGGCAAGUUCUUGGAUCACUACAGGAUACAUAGCCUACAGUCACAGCCAUAUACCUGGCUCCGAUGAUCCUUUGGCCCUUUUCGAUAAAAUUUAUGACAAACCUUGGACCAGACUGGGACCGUAUCUUAUUGGAAUGUGCUGCGGUUGGCUGUUGUUCAAAAAGGAUUGCCGGAUCAGGAUGUCAAAAUUAACAAUAAUAGUGGGAUGGAGUGCUUCAAUUGCUGUACUUCUGUCACUAGUUUAUGGACUGUACGAAGUUAAUUUGCACCCCAUCACCGGAGCUGCGUACAGCUCCCUAAGUCACUCAGCCUGGGCUCUCAGUCUGGCAUGGAUUGUCGUUGCUUGCGUAACUGGGCAUGGAGGAAUCGCCAACAAAGUUCUGUCGUCUACGAUUCUGUACCCGUUCAGCAGGGUUACUUACUGCGCCUACCUCAUCCACCCAAUCGUUAUCAGAUUAAUGGUGAUGAGCACAGACAGCCCCAUGCAUCUAGGAUUCAUAGUAACGUUCAUAAUCUUUCUGGGACAAGCUGUGGCAUCUUACGCUCUUGCGUUCUUCGUUUCGUUGGCUUUCGAGGCGCCCGUAGUUUCGAUGCUUAGAAUUCUAUCCAAAAUCGUAGCUAAUAAAAAGAACGAACCUAGAACGGCGGCAACUUGAACCAAGUUGCUAAAUAGACAUUUUUUGUAUAUAUUUAUGUUAGGUUGUUUGUAUGAGUUAUGUAAUUUAGGAGCGAUUUUUUACGACGAUCAUGCGAACAAUCGUAGUCAUUAAUUGAGUGAUAUCAUUAAGUAUUGUUUAGAAGCGAUUUCUCUAUGUAGAAAUGUAUAAGCUUUAAUCGAAUAUCCGUGACAAUUUCAAAACACAAAAUACAACAGGAAAUGGUACCAAGACUAGUUUUAUGUACCUAUUUAUUAAAAAUGCUUGCCGCAAAUGUAUUUAUUUUAAUUCUGUACAAUUAAGUAGAUUAUUGUUGUGUAAAUAAAAUAUAUAAUAAUAAA